GUAAAAAUUGGUCAAAUAUAUGAAUUACAACUGUUAGAAUUAGAAAAAUCAAAAAAAUUAUUAUUUGUAGUUAAUAAUCGAAAUAUAAGAGAUAAACAAGAUGAUAAUGUUAGUGUUAAUAUUUCAAUUGAUUCUCCUCAAUUAGAAACUCAAAAUAUUAAUACAUCUAAGUCUAAAUUACAAAUUUCAUUAAUAUCUUCAUUACAAAAACUUAUGGAUUUACCACCAAGAAGUUUAAUACAAAUUAAACAAAUAAUUGAUAUUAAAUUAGUUGAAGUUGAUUCAAUUGAAAUCUUUAUUAAAGAUGUUAAUCUUUCAAGAGAUUCAAUGUGGAAUUUUUCAUCUAAUUUAGUAAAUACUUGUGCAUAUAUUAAUAAAAGAUUAAUAUUUUUACUGAAUAGAUGUGGAAUUGUUAAAGCAAUUUAUAAAAAUGGUAAGAAAAUCUUUUCAGGAUAUAUUGGUAAAAGAACUAAAAUUAUAUUUCGAUCAGAAAGUGCCAAAUUAACUGUAUUAGUUCAAUUAUCAAGAGAAAUGUGGAAUUUUGAAGAAAAUGGAGAAAUUAUGUUUCAUAAACUUGUAAAUAAUUUAUUUCCAAAGAUAUUUAAAAGAUGGAGAGAUAAACAUACUCAUCAUUCAAUUACAAUAGUAUUAUUUACUAGUGUUGAUUUAACUGAUAUACCAUGGAUGACAUUAAAUCAAGGUGAAAGACCUAAUAAUAGAAGAGAUUAUUAUCGAGUAGUUGUUGAUCAAGUUAAUAUAUCUCAAUGGGAUAAAAUAAUGGCUAAUUUAAGACUUGAAUUUGCAAAUUUUAAACGAGAUAUUAUGUUAGAACAAAGAGAAAAUUAUCAAUAUUCUUUAGAAGGUGAACCUUUACCAUCAGUUAAAGGAAAUAUUCUUGAAGCAAUUAAUCUUGCAACUUCAAUGGCUUGUAGUAGAUUUAUAAAUACUGAUUUAAAACAUUCAUUAAAUCAUUUUAUGAUUGUAACUCCUGGGACAGGAUUAUUUGAUGUUGAUUAUCAAUUAAUGUUAGAAACAAGUAAAAAACUUUCAAGUAUUGAUAGUGGAUUAGAUAUAAUUUGUUUAAGUCAACCUCCUUUACAUAUAGUACCAUUAUUUAGAUAUAAUAAUGGAGGUAUAAUUAAUCAUUGUGUACCAAAUUGGUGUGAUAUUUCAUUUUUUAAAGAUUCAAAUCAAAUUUCUAAUCAAUGGAUGCCAAGAUGUAAAAUUUAUGAAUUACAAAUGAUGGGAGUUAUGGAAAAUAAUCGUAAUGAUGUAAGAAUUGAGAGACUUCAUUUUUCAAAUAAAUCAAAACCAUUACUUGAAUUUAUGGAUGAUUAUGAUAAUAAUACUUUUAACAAAAUAAAUACUCUAAAACCAUUAGAGAAAGAUAUAAAUAAAUUUCAAUUAAGAAAUGUUAAACUGAAUUCAACAAUUUCUGUAAAGGAUUCUAAGGCAACUUUAUCAUUAAUUUUUAAUGCAAAGACAACUUUAUUACCUACUACUCAAGCUACAUCAUCAACUUCUUCUGCUUUAGGAACUGUAACUCAUGCUAGUAAUGAUGUUUCAGCUCUUUCAUCAUUAUAUACUUUAAAUAAAAAUGUUGAUGAUAAAGUAAUAAUAUCUCGAUCUAGAAGUAUAACUCCGGUAUCAACCAUUAGAGGUAUUGAUAGUAUUACUAAGGAAGUAAAAUCAAGACAACAAUUAGAUACCAAUAAUUCAACAAGUUCUCAUAGUACUCAUAGUAUUCAUCGUCAACCAGCUACAUCAACUGUAAUCAAUAGAAAAAUAAAUCCAAAACGAAGAUCUCAAAGUAAAGGUUCAGGAAGUAAUUUAAGUUCUUCUGAAGAAUUAGAUAAAUCAACUGAUUUAUUUUGGACAGAAAUUUCUAAUCCAUCAAAAGAUUUAAAUGCAGAAACAAUUAUUCAUGCUAAAGUAAGUAGAUGGACAAAUGUUUUCCCUAAUAAUGUAGAAAGGAAAAUUAUAAAAUGGAAAUCUUUUGGAUCUCCAGCAGCAUUACCAAUAACUACAUUAUUAUUUCCUACUGCCAAUCAACUUGAAACAGAAUAUACUUUUCAAAUUUAUUCUGUACUGUUAAAUGAUGAAAAUUAUUUAGAACUUAAAACGACUCAUGAAUUAAUGAGAGAAAUGAUUCAAUUAAGAUUAUUACUUGGAUUUCAAAUAUGUUAUGGAGAUGUAGUAAAAAAAGUUGAAUCUGAAAGAAAAUCAGGUGGAAGUGCAGAAAGUUUAAUUAAAUAUUUUCCUAGUAUUGGUAAUAGUCUUGGAUCAAGAAUUUAUAUGAAUUUAGAUAAUGAAAUUCAUAGAAUUCAUUGUGAUUAUAAUGGAAAUUUAAAUGUUCAAUUAUAUAGGCGAACUGAAGAUACUGAACAAAAUAAAAUCCAUUUAGGAUCUAAUAGAAUUACUAGUUAUUUCCCAUUAAUUAGAACUAGAUAUGUUGAUGAAUAUUCUCGAGCUAGAAUUGAUUGUAUUAAUCUGAAACCUCAAACUUAUAAUUGGAAUCAAUUUGAUCAAUAUUUAGCCGGAUUUGAAGAUGCAAUGCCAGAAUCAAAUAAGGAAUUCUUUAAAAUGAAAUUUGUUAUAAUGCCAGCUCCAAUAUCAAAAAAUUCAUUCUUUAUUUCUAAUGAAAAUCUUAGUGAUGAAGAAAUUCGAGUUGAAGGAUUACGGAAAUUAAUUGCUCAUCUUGAAAAGAGUAAAUAUAUUAGAGGUGAAGAUAAAUUUAAAAAGAUUAAAGCUAAAGAAUCUACUCCUGAUAUUGUAUUUUAUACUGGUAAUUUAUAUGAUUUUCUUAAUGAAGAAGCAGAAAAUUAUGAUAUAACUGGUAAUCAACCAGCAUUAUUAAUUCCUGAAAAUAUGAGAUUUAAUAAAAGUAUUAAAUUAAUUGAUUUAUCUCAAGAAUUACAAAGUCCAACUGGAGUUAGAUUAGUUGAUAGAACUUGGCAUUUUAAACGUCAUUUACAUUGUUUUCUUGGAAAUGAACUUGUUUCAUGGUUAUUAGAAUGUUUUGAAGAUAUUGAUACUCGAGAAGAAGCAACAAUUUAUGGACAAAGUUUAUUAAAUAAAAAAAUGUUUAAACAUGUAGAACUGAGACAUGGACUUUUAGAUGGAUAUUAUUUUUAUGAAUUUGAAGAUGAAUAUAUUGAUAAAGAUUAUAAAGAAUCUCAAAAAUUAGGAUGGUUUAGUAAAAAGAAAUCUUCAAGUGGAAAUGAUAAAAGUGAUAGUGGAUCAAAUACUCCAAUACCUGGUACACCAAUUUAUACCAGAAAUAAUUCUGAUACAGAAUCAAUGUCAUCACCUAAUAUACCAAUUGAAAAUUUUGAUUUAAAAAAAUUAAAUUCAAGUAAUUUAAUAACUAAUGAAUCAUCAGAUGUAUCAUCAAUGGGAGGAGGUUCAUUAAAUCAAGGUAAGAAAAGAAAGAAAUUUAUAUUAAGUAAAUCAAUUAAAAUUAAUGUUGAUCAAUUAAAUAAAUCUUAUAGACCAGAAAUUCUUACAGUUCAUUAUGAUAAAGUUCAUAAUCCUGAACAUUGUUAUCAUAUUAGAUUACAAUGGUUAAAUGUUUCAACUAAAUUUAUUGAUGAAACUAUAACAACUUGGUCAAGAUUAUGUGAUAGACAUGGAUUAAAACUUGUUGAAACUCCUUGGAAAGAAUUAUGUACGAUUCCACAAAUUAAUCCAUUUCAUUCAUUUGUUGAAAUAAAAUUUUCUGUUAAUCCAUGGUUAGAUGAUGAAUUUAUUGAUCCAAGAAUUAUUAAAAUAAAUAAAUUUUAUUAUCAUUUUUACUUUUUAAAAAAAUGUGAAUUCUUAUUAGAUAAUCGAGCUUCAUUAUUCUUUCAAAGAGAAAAUAUUGAUAUAUCUUAUAGUUGGGGUAAACCAUCAUUUCAAUAUGCUCAAUAUAUUCAUAAAACUGGUACUUAUAUUGUGGAAUUAAGAGAUAAUGGAGAUUUCUUUGUAGCUCCAAAUAAUGUUCAUGUGGUUAGAUCAAAUUCAAAUAUAACAAAUAUUUCAGAAAAUGAUAAAUUAAAUAAUUUAGAUUCUCAAGCAGUAAUGUUAAAUUUUAGAUCAGCUUGUCAAAAUGCUGAAUUUUUAAGAUCUUUAUUUAGAGAAGCAAAACAAGUUUGGAGAGAAGAAUAUCUGGCAGAAAUAUUACCAGCUGAUUUAAAUGAAAUUUAAUUUAUAAUUAAAUGUAUUAUAUAUAUAUAUAUAUAGUUAUUAUUAAUAGAUUAAAUCAUCUAU